CUUGUAAAUAAACAGUUUCACAGCUCCACUUUAUCUGCAACUGCGGGAGACACAAUGUCCCUCAACAAUCCCGAACCGAAUAUAAGUAAAUACUUCGCCAAUGAUCCUCCCAGCUGUUUCGACAGCUUGACGGAAUCCAAAGGAGCGACGUCCCAAGGAGGUUCUGGAGUACCAGAAUCCUAUCUGUCGUAUGAUUACCUCGGCAAUAAUUCCAUGGAACAAAAACCUGCAUUUAACAUCCUCGAUAGCGUGCGUGACCUAUGGGAGCCACCGACCGUUAUUCCGGGCGUUCCGCCCUCCAACCUAACCAUGCCGGGAGUGAGUGUCGCCACCGAUCUAACAGACCCGGUACAAGAUGCCGUUGGUUUGCUGGUUGACACGGCCGAAGCACAGCAGCGCAAAUUGCUAACACCCGACAAUGUUACACAGGACGAGCGAGGCCUACGGGAACUGAUCGAAAAUGGGUGCUUCCGUUCCGCGGUGAACCUUACCGCUCGUCUGUUGACCAUAAAACAGCAAGGAUUCGGACACGCCGGGUAUCCGGUGAAGCAUAGUCCAAACUCGCUACAACUAUGGUUCACCCGGCUGGCACUGCUCGUUAAGCUGGGACAGUACGAAAUUGCCCGCGUGGAGGCGGAACCGUUCGGGUCGCUUAGCAAUCCGGACGUAUUUUACGAGUUUUACCAUCCGGACAUGCACAGCGACCGAAAGGGUUCGAUGGCACCCUUUUCCUUCCGACUGCUGCUGGCCGAACUUCCCAUCUAUCUUGGCACGCCACGGCUUGCCCUCGACCGUCUCACGGAGCUGUUGGCGGUUGUAAAUCAAAUCCGUUCCUACUUUUCCCGAGCGACCGUCCCUCAGGCAAAGGAAGCUACCGAGUUUUGGUCGGUGCGUGAAACACGCGUUCUACAUUCCAUCGUCAACUGUGCGCUGGCUGUGAAAGACUUCAGUUUGGUCGAACAAUUGCUCGAGCGGCUGGUGGAGGGUACACCAUCGGUGACGCAAAAGCGAAACCUGAUUUCCGCCUGGGGCCGAAUCCGACUGCAGUGUGGUGACAUUCUUGGGGCGGAGAAGAAAUUUGCCGAAGCUCGUCGCCUGAAGGACGAUAAAAAUUCCGAAGUUCCCGAUCUCAUCGACCGUGGCCUGUUGGCGGUCGCGCAGAACGACUUCCAAAAUGCAUUCGAUCUAUUCCAGAAGGCAUCGGCAGCCGCACCGACCAACACGAUGCUGUACAAUAACAUGGGCGUGUGUCUGCUGUACUCCGGCAAGCUGAAGGAAGCGAUCAAGCUGUACGAGGGGGCGAUCCAGCGCCAUCCCAAACCCUGCCUGAACGAAUCCCUGCUCGUGAACCUUUCGACGCUGUACGAGCUGGAGUCGAACAAUGCGAAGGAGAAGAAGAUCAACCUGCUACGGCUCGUAAAUCGACAUCGGGCUGAUCUUACCGUCGGGUUGGAUGUUUGCCUUAAACUGCAGACAACCGUUUAGGAGGGAGGUCCGCCAAAAGGAUGAGACUACAUGCAUAACCAACAGCGUAAAACAUAAAAUCGAAAAAAGACAAAAAUCAAUUGGCUAUCUAGCUUAGGUAUGUGCGCAAUUUCCGUUAAAAAAAUAAAGCACCUUAUU